GGUGGAUCUGCUACUGGAUGUUAGAGAACGACUCACUGUUCUGUCCACCAGCAGCCUGUGGUUUGAGCUCAUACCCUGGAGGAUCUGGUGCCUGCCUGCCCACAGAAAACUAUCUUUCUCUGCAUGCCUCCACGUUUCAGCCAGCUUCACCUCUUCACACAUGGCUGGGAUUUAACUCAGAGGGGGAAGAUACUAUGAGAAGUUUUCCUCUAGAUGGUUUCUGACAGGACGUCCCCAGGUUGCCUGGAUGAAUGAGUGCCUUUCAGAGUCGCACAAGAUGACGGAGAGCCGCCAGCCGCCGGCGCUGCAGGUCCCCGCGCAGCAGGUGGCGGAGGAGCGCGGCCACGCGUGGUCCAGCUCGUCCACUCCUACCCUGCGCCGGAGGCGGUUCAGGAUGAGGCGCGCCAGGAACGUCCACGAGCAGAGCCUGGAGACUGCCGCCUCCUCCAGCAAGGAGUACCUCCAGCUGCCCUCCAUUGAGAUCACCCCCUCCAGCGACGAGGAUGCGCCCUGGUCCAACUGCUCCACGCCCAGCGCCUCUCCGCGGCGCAAGCGCUUCCUGCUGCGCAAGUGGCUGAAUGUCCGGGAGAAGAAGGAGUGCAGUGACAGCAGCAGCCAGCAGAGUAGCCAGCAAAGCAGCCAUGAGGACGAUGCAUCCCGCUUCCUGAGCCCGCGACUGCGUGAUGACAGCACUGCCAGUAACUCGAAUCGCAGCACUCCCGCUUGCUCCCCUAUCCUGCGCAAACGCUCCCGGUCUCCAACACCACAGGACCCCCAAGGAGACGCCAUGGUGGAGAAAGGCUCAGACCAUUCUUCAGACAAAUCUCCUUCCACACCGGAGCAAGGCGUACAGCGCAGCUGUUCUUCCCAGUCGGGUCGUGGUGGGACCAAGAAUUCCAAGAAGAGCCAGAGUUGGUACAAUCAUGAAAGACAACACAUCCGGAGAGUGCUGAGUCCAACCUACAAGCAGCGGAAUGAAGACUUUAGGAAACUCUUUAAGCAACUUCCUGACACGGAACGCCUCAUAGUUGAUUACUCCUGUGCACUUCAAAGAGACAUUCUUCUGCAGGGCCGACUCUACCUCUCUGAAAACUGGAUAUGUUUCUACAGCAACAUUUUCCGCUGGGAAACGCUUUUGACAGUCCGUUUGAAGGACAUCUGCUCCAUGACCAAGGAAAAAACUGCAAGGCUCAUUCCUAAUGCUAUCCAAGUUUGCACUGACACUGAAAAGCACUUUUUCACUUCCUUUGGCGCCCGUGACAGGACAUACAUGAUGAUGUUCAGGCUGUGGCAGAACGCACUCCUUGAAAAGCCUCUUUGUCCAAAGGAGCUGUGGCACUUCGUACAUCAGUGUUACGGUAAUGAGCUAGGGCUGACGAGCGACGACGAGGACUACGUGCCCCCUGACGAGGAUUUUAACACCAUGGGCUACUGCGAAGAGAUCCCAGUGGAAGAAAACGAAGUGAACGACAGCUCCUCAAAAAGCAGCAUGGAGGUCAAACCUGAACCAAGCCCUCAGCUCCCCAAGAAAAAUGUCACCAACAGCAGCACGUUGACCCCGACAGGAAGUAACGAAGCUCCAGUCCCGUAUGAAGGGAUCGUUCCUGAGGAAGAGGAAGUUGUGGACACCCUCACAGAGAAGGAACUGGCAAUUGCAAAGCUCAUUGGAGACAAGAUAGAGAUAAUUGCGCCCGUGACUUCCCCUUCCCUGGACUUCAAUGACAAUGAGGACAUUCCGACUGAACUCAGCGACUCCUCGGAAACUCACGACGAAGGGGAAGUUCAGGCUUUUUAUGAUGACCUGAAUGGACGGCAGUACAUGAACGAGGUGUUCAACUUCAGCGUGGAUAAGUUAUACGACCUGCUCUUCACAGACUCUCAGUUCCUGAGGGACUUCAUGGAGCAACGGCGGUUCUCUGAGGUUGUCUUUCAUCCCUGGAAGAAGGAAGAAACAGGGAACCAAAGCAGAGUUAUCCUCUACACCAUCACCCUCACCAACCCUCUGGCCCCCAAAACUGCCACUGUCACUGAAACUCAGACAAUGUACAAAGCGAGCCAAGAGAGCGAGUGCUACGUGAUAGAUGCAGAGGUGCUAACUCAUGACGUUCCCUACCACGAUUAUUUCUACACGAUCAAUCGCUACACAUUGACGCGUGUGGCCAGGAACAAAUGCCGACUCAGGGUUUCUACAGAACUACGAUACAGAAAACAGCCAUGGGGGCUGGUGAAAUCAUUCAUUGAGAAGAACUUCUGGAGUGGCCUAGAUGAUUAUUUUCGCCAUUUAGAGAGUGAGCUGACCAAAACGGAGAGCACGUACCUGGCGGAGCUUCACAGACAAUCCCCCAAAGAGAAGGCAAGCAAGCAAUCCGCCGUGCGCCGGAGAAAACGGCCCCACACGCACUUGAGGGGGCCACACCUGGAGGAAGUGCUGAGCCCCGUUACCACUCCCACCGACGAGGAGGUUGUAGGUCGGAUAAAGCGUGUGACAGGUUCCACUCAGACACGGCACAUCCCUGAGGAAAGUCCCACUGGCUUCCACCAGCAGAGUGUCUCAAAAUUGCUGCUUGUUAUCAGUUGUGUCCUGGUGCUUUUGGUCAUCCUCAAUAUGAUGCUGUUCUACAAACUCUGGAUGUUGGAAUACACCACUCAGACCCUUACGGCUUGGCAGGGCCUGCGGUUACAGGAAAGGUUGCCCCAGUCUCAGACGGAAUGGGCCCAGUUACUAGAGUCUCAGCAGAAGUACCAUGACACAGAGCUCCAGAAGUGGAGAGAGAUCGUCAAGUCAUCUGUGAUUCUACUCGAUCAGAUGAAGGACUCACUAGUAAACCUCCAGAACGGCAUUGGGUCCCGUGAAUUUCGGUCAGGGCCAGAAGAGAAACGGAAACGAUUCUACUAGCAGGCAGGAGCACAAGUGGCCAGUGGAUUGUGUGCAAUAUGUGUACAUAGAACAUAUAAAUAUAUAUAUAUAUAAAACACAGAGAGAAUAUAAAUAUAUAUAUAUAUAUAUAUAUUAUAUACAGAUUUUAAAGGAGAAAAAAAGCCUAUGUACUGAAAAGAAAGAGCGGUGCCGACUGACCUCCAGCACUGGAUGAAAUGGAGCGUCACAGGAUGUGGCAAGGCUGUGCUUUCCUGCCAGUGAGGCAUUGUGGGAAAGCACAGCCUAAGACAUCCUGGGCCCACACACCUCUCUCGGUAUUUUCCUGUCUGUCUGCCUGUCUGUCUGCCUGUCUGUCUGUCUUUUUCUCCGUCUUGUCUCUUUGUCUGUUUUUUUUCCCCGUUCAAAGGGAAAAACCCAGAGGGAGUGAAAUCCCCUUUCGCCUACAUUCAGCUGAAAGCGAGCGAAUGGCUAGAAGAGACCUUGCUUUCUCUGGCAUUUGGGGUAGCUGCUCAGGACCAUGAGAGCCCGUCCCGCAACGGACGCCGCUCCCUCCGCAAGUAUGCUGCCGGUGGGCCCUGCGGUUGGCACGAGGUCUCUGCCAGCCCAUGUUUUCCCACAGCAGCCUCUCGCGGGGUCCUCCGCGCAUUGCCCGUCUGGUGUGACUCACGCUUCCUUCGCCCUCUGCAGUGCCCGCCACGCAUACAGCGUGUGGCCGAUUGACGAGGUGGCUAGGAAAGGCUUGCUCGUGGAACGCCCCCCCUUCGGUUCAGUCCGUGGUGCUCACUCGCUUCAUGUGGGCGGAGACAUGCGAAUGUACCCCCCUCCCCCUUUGGUUCAGCUCUGCAGGGUCCCUUUUCGUGUCAGAUCCUCUCCGCUCAUUGUGCAUUGGCGACAUCAUCUCCUACGUAUCACAGGGAAUCGCUGCUUCACUGAAAGGGCUAUACGUACACACAUAUAUCCUUACCAGAGUUGGAAAGGGAGUCCAAGCCGAGCUUCAUCUUAACAGGGAAUCCCUUCUGUGAUUACCUGCAGUGCAUUUCCAGAAGUCCCUCUGCUCAAAACAGACAUGUUGUAGCCUGGAACAGGCCUCAGAACUUAGCAAGGGGCUCAGAAACACCUGCUCUUCCUGCUUCUACCUGAAUUCUCAAGGUGCAUGCAUGGAUUUAUCUGCAUCUUCUACACCCAAGAGAAAUGCAUUAAGAAAAACAGUUGCUUACUAAAUGGGGAUAUUUUUACUACCUAGGCAGGUACAUGCAUCUGCUUCGAGGUCCCAGCUGCCUUCCACAAUGCAUGCCAGGAAACCAUCACUGGCCAGUUAAAAUCUGUGAAUACAUGUUGAUAAGAUAAGCCCAGCAGUGGUGACUGGAAACAAACACCAAACAGGUCUGAGAAAUAUGUCGCAGAGGCCUUUGGAGGCUUCCAAGCUGUGAAAAACCAUGCACAAAUUCUGAUGUUAAAAUACCAGGGUGCUUAAAACAAUUACAUAGUUGGGAAGACCUGGA